CUGAAGUUAAUGAAUGAAAUUAAAGAACAAAACGUCCCUGUAAUCCUCUGCACGUGAGUAAUCGCGCGCUCGUCACGUGACUGUCGUUUGCAGUCAUGGCCGACGACUACAGACGAAGCGUCGAGCUGGAGAGGAGGAUUUUUGAGUUAGAUAACAAGUGUGCCACUCUUCGGACGGAGAAACCAGAUGAUGACUACUUACAGAAUGCAUCUUCCAUACUUGACAAGUUGAAAACCCAUUAUAGACAUGGAGGAGAGAGCAGCAGCCUCCCUAAACUGCUGCAGGAUUAUACACAGGUUGUCUUGGACAUAACAUUCUAUGAGGAAAACAGGCUUGUAGAUCAGGAGUUUCCAGAGGACACUUCCCCUUUUAAAAUUCAGCAGUUACUACAGGACUUGACAGAGCCAGAGGUGUUAGCAGGGCGACUGGUACCUUCACAAGAGGUGCAGUCUGUGCUGGGGCUGGAGCUGCUGGAGUGCCUAUACUGGAGGCGUGGGGCAUUAUUAUAUAUGUACUGCCACACACUACACCAACGCAAGCAAUGGAUCAAGAAGAACAAAGCCACUUUCCUUAAGUGUCUUCAAGAAGGUGUGCGUUACCUUAUGAGAAUGUUGCAAGUGAGGAACUCAGUCAAGCUAAACGAUGGUGUGGUUUUUCAUGACUCUGCAACCGCCAAUUUUCUGGCAGAAGGUAUCUUUUCUGAUACUCACUUGCUUACAAUGAUGUACAUUGGUGAGAUGUGUUUCUGGGCAGUGAAAUAUGAGGACUGCAGCAUGGACACCACAGAGCGCAAAGAGGACAGGCUUCAUUUCCGAGAUAUUGGCACACAAAUCCUUCAUAAGUAUGUGCUGGCAUGCGAGGGGCCACUUCAGGGUCAGGGCUGGAACACGGAGAAUGCCAAGGAGAUCCUUAGUAUCUUGCAGUAAACCUGGAGAGAGCUUUUAGGAGAGGGGAUUCACAAAAAUGUUGUUGUUCUGAAACUAGCAAAAGAAAAGAAAAAAAAA